UCGUGAUCAACGUGAUUAAUUUUGUGUACGAGCCGGCUUUUGUGUUUAACAGGUCGUUGAUAUUUAUUAAUAAUUUAAGAUGGUCGAACAAAAAGACGCCGUCGCAGAGCUAACGGAUGCGGAAGCCGAGUUGUACGAUAGACAAAUUCGCCUGUGGGGUCUUGAUUCACAAAAGCGAUUACGCUCGGCUAAAGUUUUGCUCGUUGGAAUGAAUGGUUUUGCUGCGGAAGUAGCUAAGAAUGUUAUACUGGCUGGGGUGAAGUCAAUUACCUUUUUAGAUCAUAGAAAUCUAACUGCCGAAGAUAUGUGUUCUCAGUUCCUCGCACCAAAGACUGAAAUCGGAAAGAAUAGAGCAGAAGCUUCAGUACAAAGAGCACAGAAUUUAAAUCCAAUGGUUAUUGUGAAUGCCGAUACCACUAAAGUAGAUAAUAAACCGGACUCGUAUUUUGCAAACUUUGAUGUCGUAUGUGUUUCGGAAUGUACUAUCACACAGACAAGGAGAAUUAAUAAUGCAUGCAGAAAACACAAUGUGAAGUUUUUCGUUGGAGAUGUCUGGGGCAUGUUUGGUUAUACGUUUGCUGAUUUAGAUACCCAUGAAUUUGCUGAAGACGUAGUACAGUCAAGGAAAGUACAGUCUGGAGCAGGAGAACCCCUUGGUAAAGACGUGUAUCAAAAUGUUGUUACGACGGUCAAGAGAAAGGAAACUUUUGUACCUUUUGAACAAAUUUUUGAAGUAGAGAAGGUGCCUAAAGAUGGCGAUACAUAUUAUUUAUUAAGAAUAAUGUUGAACUAUCGUGAAAAAUAUGGCAAGGAUCCAUUGCCAAGUGAACGGGAUUGCAAGGGUUUGAAGGAUGAAAUUGCAUCUAUUAUCGAGGAAUAUGAACUCGGAGAUACGAUUAAUUAUUUAACCGAGGGGGAUGUCUAUGGUCAAACCAGUCCAGUGUGUUCUAUAGUUGGUGGCGUCAUGGGACAAGAGAUAAUUAAGACCGUUUCACAGAAGGAAGCGCCUCAUAAUAAUAUAUUUAUAUUCAAUCCGCAAACAAUGUGUGGUAAAAUCCUGCACCUGGGAUAUGCCUAAAGUUCAAAGACACGUCGCCAUUAAGUAUUUUUCCUACAUAAAAUGAACUAUAAACGUCCAAGUGCUCCAUCUCUUCACACUUGACCCGACUAUGCUGAACGACAUCCUUGAAGUACAGUGCAAAAAAAAGUGAAUUCAUCAUGUGCGGAAGAUACAUUCUUUUUUAUAUUUUUGUAAAGAUACAGAAUUUCAUUUAUUUGCAGAAGUCUGAAGUUGCAUUAAAUUCCUAUACCUCAA